GCUGUGCUUGAAGCUAGCUAGGUACAUGUGCGUUGUUUGUGUGUGGCUCAGCUAUUACGUGCUUAUUCUAUGAGCUGAGCUGAACUGCACUGUACUGCUUCAUCAUUGUUCUCUGAUGCGUACUGUGUAACGAGAGUGCCUUGAAACAACGCAAUGGCUAUGUACAAAGUGUCAUACGGUGGUUUAGAUGAGAAAUUAAGUGACCGUCAAAUGGCCAAGGAGAGAUCACAGAUGCACUUUGCGGCUAGCCGAGGUCAACUGAUGGUGAUUCAUAGUCUGAUCAGGGAAGGGUUCAGUGUGAAUAAAAAGACGAGCAUGGGCUACACCCCUCUUCAUGAUGCAUGCUGGACCAACCACCCGUACUCAGCAUCUCAUCUCCUGAAGGCAGGGGCUGAGGUUGAUGCAAUGAGCUCAGAUGGCAAGACUCCUCUGGCAUUAGCUAGCAGCGUAGGAAGCAAGGAUUGUGUCAAAUUACUCUUGGAAUGCAAGGCAAAAGUCAACGUUGAAGACGGGUCUUGUCCGUCUCCGCUGCAUGCAGCUGCAGUGGGAGGUCAUCAUGAAUGUGUGGAUCUGCUUAUUGAUGAGGGAGGAAACGUGAAUGGGGUCAAUCCUUACUAUGGGACCCCUCUCCAUGCUGCAUGUGGGGAGUCAAGCAAAGAGUGUGCUUCCUCAUUAAUAUCCUCAGGUGCCGAUGUGAAUGCAAUCAGAAAGAGGGACCUUCAGACCCCCCUCCAUGUUGCUGCAAUAGUGAAUUGUGAUCAGCUGGUGAAUCUAUUAGUGUGCAAUGGUGCAGACAUCCACGCAAGGGACAAACAAACCAAGAAGCCCAUCGAUCUUGCAGACAAAGAUUCCAACGCACAUACACUUCUUCAGACAUAUAUGACAAACCCAGAAAACCUGACGAGUCUAUGCAGAAAUCAGAUUCGCUCAUCUCUUGACCUAUCGGCUCCGAAGAAUCAAGUCAAGGAAUUAGACCUACCUCAGUCACUCCAGGAGUUCAUUACUUACACAGACAGACCUGCAGCUUCUUCCUAGAUACCAUCAGAUGGCAUGGAAUCAGGGAAUUCUUUAAACUUCUCUGUCAUCCUGAUUCUUGGCAGUGUGAGAGAUAAAGAAAUCUGUUUUCUGUGAAAACUUCUGUCUUCUAUAAUCACACUAUGUAGAAUGCCAUUUUUAAGGUGUUGUAUACCUACAAUAAAUAGCCAUUUUAAAGCUGAAUACCAUCUGUAAAUGGCCGUUUUAAAGGUAGCUUAAACAAUUUGCAAAUUUCAUAAAAUCUUGACAUGUAUCAGCAAUAUAUAAUCCAAAAGGUUCCAUGCACAAAAUCUGAAUAAAAAAUGGAAAUAUACCAUAACCUUAAUGCUUAUGACCAUUGAGGCGGAUUAUGAGGUGCUUAGUUUGUUAUUAAAAUUGUCAAAAUGUUGACUCCAUAGUUUAGAAGCACCUGCUUUUUAUUAUACCUGAUUCUCUGCCAUUAGGCCUACUCUCAGUCCCUCUGAAUAAUCCUUGUGUAUUCAAUUGCUGUUAUAUUUGUUGUAUAUUGUUUAAUUUUGAUGCUGCAUGUGAAUUUACAACUCAAUUUUGAAUAAUAACAGUUUAACUCCCUGCCAUCACUCACAGUCCCACUGGUAAGUAUCUUUGUAGGGAACUCAUAUCAAAUGUCUUAUUCUAUGCCAUGUUGUGGUAGAAAAAUUGUUUUUAUGAUAAUGCAUCUUGAUUCGCAACUCAGCAUUUCCAUUUUUAUUGAUGAUUAAUGUAAUCAUGAUUUGUAUCCAGAAAGAGUACAAGAAACCAUGUUCUAUGUAAAAGUUAGAGGGGAAAUAUUUGUACAAGCCAUCUUUUCAAUCGGAAGAAUUAUAAUAAGGAAAGAGUUACAAAAAUAGAGACAAACAUAAAAAGGUAGACAGAAAGAGUGGAGAGAUAGGGAGAGAGAGGGAGGGGGGGGGUGAAGAGUAGGAGGUAGAGAUAUUGAUUUUUAAAAACCACGCUCGAGAGAAAGCCUACUAGAUUGAGCUAAUAGAUUGUAAACUAAUUGAAAGAUAUCUCAUGUACACAUACGUAUCUAUACCUAUUAAAUAUGAUUUACACUAAUGUAAACUUUUCUUGGUAUAAUUUUUUUAAAACUAACUGGUUCUGUGGAAAAUCCAUACUUUCAAGAUGUGGCUGUGGUACUGUUAUGUAUGUGGGUCAUAUGUAGGAAAUACAUAUUAAGUCCAAUUUGGCGGAAUCUUGAAAAGUGACUGAAUUUGUCUCAAAUUUUAAGUGAUGUGUUGAUUGAGAAAAUUAGUUGGUCAU